AUGACCUUUAACCCCUCAGAAGAUAAGGAGACUAAGGUGUUCGGACUACAGACGGGAGUGUAUGACCCCGGGUCAACAGAGGUGUUCGUUCGUCACAACUUCAGUGGAGGUCCCUUGCUGUCCCCCCUGGACAAUGUCACCAUCUGCUACCGCUUCUGGAUAACUGCCUACAGGAGGGACAUUGUGGCCUUCCUCUCCUACGCCUACUCUAACGAGGUUGAUAAUGCCUUGCUCUUCUUUCAAAGUGAGGACGAUCUCAACUUUUACUACAAUGAUGAGAAGGAGUCUGCCAGAGUCCACCUUGAGGUAGACGACACCCUGGAAGUAUGGCAUCUCCACUGCUUCGUGUUCACCCAUCCCGCCUUCAGGGUGUAUGUGGACGGGAGGAAAUUGAUGGAGGGCGUCCUGGAGAGCAAGGCCACCCUCAUCCCUCUCAAUGGAACGCUCUAUCUGGGUCAAGAACAGGACACCUUUGAUGGAGGCCUGGAUGCUGACCAGAGUCUCAGCGGUUACAUCACCCAGGUGAACAUUUGGGAUUAUGAGGUGGACCCCAGCAUUAUAGAGAGCAUCGCUUCCUGUUCAGCCAAUCCCCGUGGCAACGUCUUCUCAACAGACACCACCUCUAUCCAAGAAUCCAAUGUGAAGACUGAAACAGUUCAUAUCAAAACCUUCUGUAAGGCACGGGAGAAGGUUGUCAUCAUACCACAGAAGACGGUCCCUGCAGAUGCCGAGAACUUCUGUAGGCUCACAGAUUCCAUGUUUUAUAUUCCUGGAGACGAAGAAGCCAAUUCUCAGCUAUUCCAAGAUGCACAACAGCAUUUCACUGACGUCUGUGCUGGCAAGAGUUACCGGUUUCUCUACCUUGGAGCAACAGACGCUGCCGAAGAAGGGAAAUGGAGGACAGUUGACGGAAAACUGCUGACGUAUACUGCCUGGAGCCCUGGAGAGCCCAACAGUGGGAAAAAGUCGAACUGUUUAGUGUUACGCAAGUACGAUGACCAGUGGGGCGAUAUCGGUUGUACUGACAAAUUCUGCUUUUCCUGUAGUAGAACCAACCUGGAUUACGUGCAGUUGCGAGGUAUGUGCCAGAAACGAGAGCACAAUACACGCUUUCUCCUGGAUGGAUACAUGAAUGGUCGACCUUUUUUUAGAGGUUAUUAUGGCAUGAUAAUUUAUCACUCGGGUGUGAAGGAGUGGAUAUUACAAGAUACAGUGAGCAAUGUCACCCUGGCCACUCUCCCUUUAAUGCGUCCCUCGGAAUAUCCAAUUGGCCGACGGACCUGGCAUGUCAUCACCUCCUUCUGUGACCUCCUGCCAAGAAGCAGUGUGGUGUUGGGUUUGUCAGCGUGCACGACACAAGAGUUCAUGUGCACGGAUGGAUCAUGUGUGCACCGCUCUGUGCGUUGCAACCUCCGGGAUGAUUGCUUGGAUGGCAGUGACGAAGAGAACUGUACAAUCAUCUACUUUAGUGACAGGUACCACAACCACCGCCCGCCACCAGGAGUCAUUUUCAAUACUCCUCUACAGAUUGUACCUGUCGUAGACCUCAUCAGAUUCUCGAAAAUAGACGACAUUAACCUCGCUUUCCACAUGGAGAUUGAAAUUUCUCUCUCUUGGACUGACAGAAACCUCAGAUUCAAGAAUAUCAAGACUGAGGAGGGAAAGAACAUGUUGAGCGGAGAGGAGGAGGAGAAGAUCUGGACGCCUGAGGUUGAGUUUCUGAACGUAAACGACGGCCAGUUGAAGAUGCUGAAGAGCGGAGUAUAUGUGAAGCAGACUGGCACCCCUGACCCGCCCGCCUUCACUGAUGUCCAGAUGGGUAUGUCCUUCUGUGCAUAUAUUCUUCCUCUUCUUUACUGACUUCUACAACGGGCACAUUCUUCUUCAACGGCAUUCAGAUGGGCACGGUCUUACAUCUUCACCUCUUCCUCUUCUUCACUAAUUCCUGAUAAGCACAUGACUUAUACCUUCCUCUGUUUCCUCUAUAAUAUAUGUUCUAAUUUCCACCUUUCUCUCCUCUCAGUACAAUAAAGCCUCAUCUCUCCAUCCUCUUAAGGCUGCAAGACAAAUCGAGCCCAGCACUAAUAGUACCCAGCUUAACUUAACCAUAAAACUUACGGCCAGUUUGGAUUGAAACCUAUCAAGAUUCGGGCCAAUUGGGACUGGGGGCCCAUUAGAGCUAGGGCCCAUUUGCCUAGACACCUCCUCUAUAAAACUAUCACAUAUCAAAAUAUUUAGAGCCACACACAUCCUAACUACAUUAAGUAACUACAGCCAAGGGGUCAAGUCACCACAAUCAAGGAAUUAGUAUCUAAUCAACACAAAACAAUAACUUACCUUUGUCCUAUAUCACUUACUGUGAUUGGCCAUAACUCACAGUGAUCAGCCUAACUAGCAGUAACCAGCUUCAAUGAUCAGCUUCACUGGCCGACAGACACCAUCUACCAGGCCAACAGUGGACGUCUGGUGCAACGGCGUCAGUACUACGGCAGCUUCAACUGUCACUUCAGGCUCUUCAAGUACCCGUUCGAUACACAGACAUGCCUCAUCAUUGUCAAGCUGGCCUCGGCUGAUACCAACGUCCUCGCCCUCAAGGUGACAUGUUGCUGGAGGUUAGAGUGACGUGAAGAUUAAGGUGACAUGAUGAUGGAGGUUAAAGUGACGUUCUUAAACAAAUAAAUUAAUGCAUUAGUGCCCUAAAUAACAAACAAACCAACUAAUUUAACUUACUAACCAACUGACUCUCCCUCCGACAGAAUGCAUCCGUGGUAUACAGUGGCAUGGCCCAGCUAUCUAAAUAUACCGUCCAGGACAUACACAUCUCCCUCAAGACCCACUCCGGCUAUGCUGUCCUGGAUGUAUGUCCAGUUUUAAUGGAGUCACACACUGUAUUCCUAGAUACAUAAAACUCAUGAUUAAGGCACUAUAUAUCACUAAGUCAGGAAAACUGAGUCGUGAUCUAUUUAUAUAAAGCAGUACAAACAAGUGUUGAGUCGAUGAAUAUUCAAGUAAAGUACACUGUAGUCCAUUACGCACACGCCCACCCACACACACACACACACACAGGAUUAUAUGCCAUAGACAUACAGGGUCAUGUAUUAAAAAUGGCAAUCAUGCU